AUGUUUCAUGCUUCUUUCUUUCUUUCUUUCCUUCUUUCUUUCUUUCUUUCUUUCUUUAUUCAUUCAUUUUCUCUUAUUUAUUUCCGCUUUUUUUCUCAUAUUUCUUUCUUUCUUCCCGUCUUCCCAUUUUUUUUUGUUUCCUUUUCUUUACUUAUACUCUUUCUUUCUCUUCUCCUUAUUUUUUUCAUUUAUUUUUUUCUUCCCAUUUCUUUAAUUCUUCCUUUGUUCUAUUUUUUUUUGUUUAUUUCUUUUCUUUUCUCGCUUUUUUCUCUUUCUUUGUUUAAUUGUUUCUUUCUUUCACAUCUUCCCUCUGUCUUUAUUUCUUUUCUUUCUUUCGAUUGUCUUCGUUUUCUAUUCUUUCUUUCUCUUUCUUUCUCUUUUUCUUUUUUCUUUCUUUCUUUCUUUCCUUCUCUCUUUCUUUCUUUCUCAUUUUCGUUUUAUCUCCUUUCUUUUUUCUCGUCCCCUCUUUCUUUGCUUCGUUCUUUCGUUCUUUCUUUCUUUCUUUCGCUCUUUCUUUCUUUCGUUCUUUAUUUCUUUCUUUCUUUCCCAUCUUCCCUCUACCUUUAUUUUUUCUCUUCCACUUGUCUUUGUUUUCUUUCUUUUCUUUCUUUCUUUCUUUCUUUAUUUAUUUAUUUUUCUUUCUUUUUUCUUUCUUUUUUUCUUUCUUUCUUUUUCUCGUCCCCUCUUUCGUUCUUUCUUUCUCAUCUCCUCGCUAUCGUUAUUGCUUCGCUUUCUUUCUCUUGUCUUCGUUCUUCUUCUUUCUUUCUUUCUUUCUUUCUUUCUUUCUUUCUUUCUUUCUUUCUUUCUUUUGUUUUUGUUUUCAUUUCCUUCUUUCUUUUACUCAUCCUCCUUUUCUUUCUUUCUUUCGUUCUUUAUUUCCUUCUUUCUUUCUUUCUUUUCUUUCACCUUCUUCCUUUCUUCUUUUCUUCUAUUUAUUUACUAUCAAAUCGCGUCACUCGAAAUAAAACUAAUUCAAUUCGACAUCAUUUCAAUAUUUUUUUUAAUAUUUCGCUCCUUCUUUAA